AUGCCGCCAUCGGCCGGAGGAAGCAGUGGGGGAGGACGCAGCGCCCACGAUCUGAACCAGAGGAAACAGCCUCCAGUAGAUGAACCCAUAAAACAAGAAUGGGUCUCCAGCUGCCAAGCGAACUCAUCAGUAGUAAGUAUUGAUGGCUUUUCCACACUGCCGGAACACAUUCAGGACUUCCUGAGAUAUAAACAUUGCAGAUGGUUUCCGCAGCUCCUUAAUGCACACCAGAAAUGCGACGGAAGAGAUGCCUCUCGUGGGGUAUUCCUGCUUCUUGCCAUAAAGUCUUCUCCAGAAAACUAUGACAGGAGAGCUGUGAUUCGCCAGACCUGGGGUAAGCAAAACAACUAUAAUGGCUCCCAUGUCAAAAGGAUUUUCCUCUUAGGGACGUCCAAGAAGCAGCAGGAGAGCAGACAUUUGCACCAGCUUCUAAGAAUUGAGAGUGCGUCAUAUGGUGACAUCUUGCAGUGGGUCUUCCAUGACUCUUUUUUUAACCUGACUUUAAAACAGUUCCUCUUCUACCAUUGGCUGGAAGAGUAUUGCCCAGGAGCUCAUUUUAUCUUCAAUGGAGAUGAUGAUGUUUUUGUCAACACCUUCAAUGUAAUCACCUACCUACGUGACCUGAGAGCGGAUAGUCACCUCUUUGUUGGGCAACUGAUAGCCCAUGUUGGACCUAUUCGUUCCCCUGGCAGCAAAUAUUAUGUUCCCACACAGGUCACCGAAUCCGAUUCCUUUCCAAUGUAUUGUGCAGGAGGAGGAAUACUCAUGUCCAGAUUUACUGCCCACACUAUUUACAAUAAGUCUCUGGAAUUACCGUUGUUCCCUAUAGAUGAUGUUUACCUAGGCAUGUGUCUGCAAAAGGCUGGUCUAGUCCCAGGCUCGCAUAUGGGAAUGAGUACAGUAGGCUUGCACGUGCCAUCGCCCAAAAUGGAUUCUUUCAACCCGUGCUAUUACAGAGGACUUUUAAUGGUACACCGCUUCGUGCCAUACCAGAUGCUGGUCAUGUGGAAAGCUGUACAAGAUCCUCAACUAUACUGUGGACAGAAGCGCUCCUUUUAUAAUCAAAGCGGACAACUUCACUGGAAGAAAAGAUGUUUAUCAGCGUUUGUCAGCGAGGAGGUGUGA